AUGAAAAGAACUCUUUAUAAAAAUUUUCUAAAAAUUUCCAACACUUCUGGUGAUGUACUGACUGCUGCAUGUACGUGUCCUGCUGGUAUUGGUUUGGGAGGUUUUGGAAACUGUAAUCAUGUUGGUGCAGUUUUGUUUGCUUUGGAAGUUUUCAACAGAAAAGGUUUGCAGAAAUGUCUUGAACCAGUUUCUUGCACUUCAAUGUUGUCCUCCUGGAAUGUCCCAAGUGCAUCUCAAAUUGUGAAUCCAAUGCCAAUAGAUGAAGUUGUCAUUAAAAAGAUCAAAUUUGGAAUAGAUAAUCAAUCGCAGGUUUCCAAAUAUAAUAUUUAUGAUCCACGAGCCAUUGCUGAUCAACAAGUGAAUGAGAACAGUGUUGUCAUUCUGACAUCAAAACUUUCUUCACUAAUUCCUAACAGCUGCUACUUUGGUUUUCAUGACAAGGAAACUUCUAUUUCUCUACCAAAUCAACCAACCACUUCAUCAAGCAAAGAUUUUGAACUUUCUGAUUCAGACAGUGCUUUUUCUGAUUUCUAUGAUAUUUCAACUAGUUCUUUUAAAGAAAUGAUGGAUAUCUAUUGUCAGAAUAUGUCAGCCACUCCUGAAGAAAUACGUGCCAUUGAACAGUCGACAUCUGGUCAAAGCCUCAAUAAGAAAUGGAUGGAGCAAAGGAAGUACAGAAUUACUGCCUCUAAUUUUUAUUCAGCUGCAGUCAACAGGGUGGAACCAUCAUCCAAACUAAAAUCAAUGUUUUAUUCUCCAUUUCAUUCAGCAAGCACUAACCAUGGUAACAAGUUUGAAGGACAUGUUAGAGAUCUUUACUGUAAAGCAUUUUAUGAAAAAGGUUAUAAUGUUAAUGUUGAGGAGGUGGGUUUGAAGGUUUCUCAGUCUCGUCCAUACCUAGGUGCUUCGUUGGAUGGAAUAGUGUCUUGUGAUGGUGAAAUUUGGGGCUUGGAAAUCAAAUGUCCUUUUUCCAAAUAUAAUUCAAAGCUGGAGGAGGCACUUUUGGAUAAGAUUUUUUUUUGA